GAGAGCAAUUUCUGGUUGAUGUUUAUUUUUUUCAGUCUUUAUAGCGAUUAUUCCUACCCACUUACUUUGUCAAUUGUAGGCGAACCCUCCUAAAGCUGAAUUUCAAGGGACCAUAUUCAAGCUCAGAAAGAGAAAUAAAAUUUCGUCGUUGCUUAUUUACGUCCUCCAUAAAACGCGAAAUUAGGCAUUUUCACGUCGUAGUCGUGCAAAAACGGGAAAGAAAUGAACAAAAAAGUGUGUUGCACGUGCGAAGUUGUUGUGUUGCUAAUUAAACCUACUGUUUUUUUGACGUUCUAGUUGUCGUCCGCGUCCUUGAAUCUUAAACUCCCUAAAUUGUACAAACGACCUGUUUCAAUAGACCGGCGAAAUUUCUCAUUUUAUUAAAGCACUGAGGUUACGACAACUUCGAGUUAAACUGAUUUCACGGGUUGUCAAAAAGUCCAGCGAUUCCUUUUUCCCAGGUGAGCGCCGACUCAUUUCGCUUCAAUAUUCAGUAAUGCUCUCGAUCUUUUUACGCUUUCAUUGCCUCUCGCCCGACAUGUUUUGCACGGCGUUUGGUCAUGCGAAACCUCCACGAAACAUCCACGCCUCGCGCGGGGUAACUUUUUCUCGAUUCUAAAAAUAACUCGAGACGAAUUACCUAUGGGAUAGGGUGUAUAUUGGGGAUGCCCUCUCUGUCCCCUUUAUAGUCUCCUGAUAUAAAUAUAUGACAAUUUAGAGGUAGCACAUCAAGAUAGUGGUUUCUCAUCUACCUUUCCUGAUCGAAUUGGAAUUCGUAAGUGAUGGUUCCUGAGAAGAGGGGAAAAUCGGACUACCAAAAACAAAACCUCUCGGAGCAAGGGAGAGAACCAACGACAAACUCACCCAAAUAUGGCGUCGCCGCCAGGAUUCGUACCCGGGUCACAUUGGUGGGGGACGAGUGCUCUCACCAUUGCGUCAUCCGUUGCUCCCUUAGUAGAGUCUAAGAUAGACGCCACAAGCACUUGCCUAAUUGUCCAUUGAAGAGAGGUAUCUGCCUCAUAGAGAGUCAGAGAAUAUGGCCGAUUAACAGCAGGGACCAACUCCAAGGAUCCGUUUUAGGAAGGUGACCGGCCGUUAAGUGAGAGUUGACUGUAUGUCAACAGUGAUUACGGACGUGUGUACCGUGGAGACCCCUCAUGUGUAGGAUUCAAGCAUAGACAAGAAGUACAGUCAAUGUAGUCUAACACACAGACACCUCUGGGGCCAGCACUGAAUGUCCAUCUUAGAGAGAUGACUGCCUUAUAGGGAGUUAAAGAAAACGACUAAAGAACUACAAAGGCAACUCGUUUGAGCGUGACGUUCCUCUUAUAGAAACGUUCUUUUUAAACAACAAGUUACAUACAUACGCUGUUUACAGGUGCAAUCAUGGACAAAAGUCCUUGGGACAGUAUUGCAAUAUUCAUAUCUUUCUGUGAUCCUUUUCGAAAUUAUCUCACAGUUCUCCCUCCCCCACCCUAUACAAAGUUGAAACUCGGAAAAAUUCUAGAUACACGCGUCCAGCAUUGUUUGUGGGGCGAGGGAAGGGGUUGGACAUGUGUGAAUUGGAAAAUGUCUCAGAAAUGCAAAAGUGUCCCCAGACGUUUGUGCAUGAUUGCAGCCAUUAUGACACCUGAAGGAGGAUCAUAAGUUCUCUCCUUACAGAUAACCCACCCAGCCAGGAAAGGUUGGCCACACCACCAGGGUCUACGUCUCUUUCUCUUUUCGAACAGUGGUGUGGGUUCUUUUACGCCCCACAAGAACCAGAUAAAUGGAAGUGCUGUGGGACGGUACCUACGGUUUUUCGUCCUUAUCCGAGAAGACUAGAAAGUCUAACCGUUUGCACAUGUCAACACAAAGGCAGCACUUUCUUCUUAGUUAUUUAACCCGCGACCUCCCGCUCAGCAGACCGGCGCUCUCCCAACUGAGCAAACCAGGCGGCAACAUAUUUUAUCAGCCACGAAUUUAUUAGUGUUUUUUUACCACUGUCAAGUGUUUCCCUCUAUAAAUAUAACCAAGUAAAAUCAAAUUACUUAAAAUAAACAAAGUGCUAUAAAGAUAUGAUAACGCAUAUAAAAUGAAGUUUGUGUUUUUUAGGGUGAGUUUGGUGAGGUAAGAAAUGGUUCGUGGUGGUGUUCCAGUGCUGGUGGUUUGAUGCCUGUAUGCUCAAGGGCUUUGGUCAAGCCGGUUGGACGAGAGGUAACUCGCUGUAACCCAUUUUUCACUUUGAUCUUAAGCCAAAUAAUUCACAUUUCUUGUUGAUAACACGAUUAACAAAGUAUUUACAAGAUUAAAGAAGUAAUGAACUUAAAAACGUAACUCGACGUUUCGAUGUUUCAAACAUCAUUAUCAAGGCUGAGAAAUGUUGAAUUUACAAGAUUAUUUUUGAACAAAACAUGUCGUACGCGAGAGGUGAGGGAGUCCCAGGUAGGUGAGGUAACGUGUGAUGGGUUACCCCACCUAACAUGUAAACGUGAUCUCACGUUAAAAUGAGAGGUUAUAUGGACAUGUUACCCCACCUGAGCGGGUUACUUCACCUACAUGGGAUCCCCCACCUCCAUGUAAACAGGCCCUAAAUCGUCUGCUUUGAGCGUGCUGCUAGAUCGUAAAACUCUGACCAUUCCAGUGAAGCGUUCGUUUGGAGAGUUCCAAAGUUGGUUCCGAGUCCUGAAUCUGAAAUAAACUAAAAGCUUUCGUCACCCACUAGACUGCUUCCCUGCUGGGAGUUACGCGCACAGAUUAUCUUAGCAAUGAGGGCCAAUGUUUUUGAUUCGUAACUUCCGUAAACACUUCAUCUGCAUUUACGACGGUGUUAUUCAAUGAAUGACAAACCACAUCGUGGUGGCUGCAAGACCUUGUACUACAAGUGCAUUGCAAAACUAAACAAUCUUGAUAACCCUCCUCACGAAAUCCGAUCGCUGACAUAACGCCCGCUAAGCAUUUAAGCAAGCUGAUCAAGCCGUCUGCAGGCAUCACUGGGACGCCGCACCAGCCGAGCGGUUUUGUGUCAGAAUUUCAAUGCAUACUUCAAAGGACUCUCCUGGCAUUGUACUCUAAUUAAUUUCAGUGUUAGUUUUGCCAGUUACUGGCAUAGUUAAAUUAAUACCGCUUACUCAAUUGCAUUCAACACUUCUUUUUACUUUUAAAGCGCUUCGUAAAUGGGUGCGCACACUGAAGUGCGAGCAUCUCAUGAUGCGAAUUGACUCCUAGUUGUGUCAACGGGGUUUAUGUUCCUUCUUGUAGAAACUCGUUGAGUAUCGAAAAGCGAUGAGUACUUUCUUGGAACUGAAGAACCAACAUCUUAUACUUUUUCAUGGAAUUGCUGAAAAUCAGAAGGCCUUAAUCUUUGUGUUUGAGUUCGCUGCAGAAGGGCCUUUGGAUGAGUACAUUCGUAAGGAAAGGUGAUUGUUCUUCAGUGACUGUUGUACGGUCCAUUUAUCCGGCGACCGGGAGCUUAAGCAACCAUGCCUAUUUCUCUUUUGUAAACGGUCGUUGCCAUUUUUAACGGUCAAUGCCACCAUUGGUAACCAAGCCUUUAGUCAUGAUAGUUGUAAUAUAUUCCCUGGAUUAAGGUACAAGAAGUAAACAAUACGUUUGCGAAUAGUCUUAAAAAGAACGACCUUGAAGCCCAAGUUGAAUUUACGUUAAAAGUGAAGAAAAGGACUAGGGUCACCUGCUAUUGAUGUGUCAGUUAAGAAAGAUAGUUUGCUAGUUUAUGUACGUAAUUUUUUCGGACUUUUGGCAGGUCAGUGUGGUGGUGUAGUGAUAAGGCAGAGAGAUUAGGAUACGAAAGGUUCGGGUUCGACCCUGGGUCGCGAUCUCCUUUCUUUUUAGUAAAAACACUCUCAAUAACACGUCAAAAAUUUUCCAUGUGUCUUAAAAAUGGCAGCGACCGUUUUCAACGGGAAAUUUGCAGCAACGACGGCGGCACUGCAGUAACAAUAAACAACUGCUACGUGCAAAAUAUUGUUUCCUAAUGCUACAAAAAUUUGAAAAAACCGCUAUGUUGUUUACUUUCAUCGUCGUCUUUGUAGCUUGAGCUCUUUUACGUUGUGGGCCUGCUAAUUCUAAUAUAAAAUACAAUCUAGGACAAAACUAGUUAGUACACUUUGCCUUGAUGAAGUCAUUUCUCGCAUUUCGCCCACACCUUCUAUUUCUCAAGUGAAAUUGAAUCAUUUCCUCCCCACUCCCUCUAAUCAAUGUUGUCCCGCUGUUUAAACUACCUGUGAUAAACAACAAACAACCCAGCUUUGAAUGGAGCGGUAGAGGAAAGGGGUUCAGACUGUUUUGAUCUUUGACGACAGUGUGUCAACAUGUUUGUCGUCGAUUGUAACCAUAACGGUCCGUGAGGCGGCUUUGGACAUGUAUUGGACUGAGUUUAACUUCCUUUGUCAAAAUUGGCUUAUUCUUGAUAAAUGCUCUCCAUGCCAUUAAGCCUGUUGUAAGCCUGUGGUACCUUGAGCCCGUGGUAAACCUGUGGUAUCUGACCCUGUGGUGACCGUAAACAUGAAGCAGAAACUUAGUUUGGCAGCGUCCUUCGGUGUCUUAAUCUGUAAAUAAUAUGAAAUAUUUGAAAUGAUCAAAGCUGUAUUUCUGAACUCUAAUUCAAAGUGGAAAAGAGAAAGGAAUUACUAAAGGAAGAGUGAUCUCCUAUGCUGCACAGAUAGCGGAGGGAAUGAUGUUCUUGCACAGCAAGGUAAGUUAUCAUUGGGCAAUAGAGGCCAACCGUUCAUUAAACCGUAAUUUUUGACCUACAAGUAAAGAAAAAUACAGGCAAAACAAAGGCGUAAAAUUGUCAAGAGGCCAGUGAAUUGGAUGACAAAGCCAAAAGCUUGAGUCCAGGUUUCGUAUCGUUAGUAGCUUGGAUAUGAUUCUCUGGGCGAGUGCAAUGACACUUUUAUUCGCGGUUACUGGCCUUUCGUUACCUCGUUUGUGAUGUAAUUAUUAGAGUCAAAGGUCCGUGUCACUUAUUCCUUUAUGUUCUGUGGAGACCAACAGGGCAACUCUCGUGUAAAAUUUCUGAAAACUGUUUGAUCACCUAUCGAAAAUCACGUGCUGCUUACAGUUAUCAUCAGUUAUCAAGUAACGUAAAAAAUAAAAGCUUUUGAAAACGUUGAACACCGCUUGUUAUUCAUUUUGAUGGGUUCUAGUCCUCCGGCUAAAUCAUCAUCUGCGCUUACCACAUUUAGAAGAUGAAUUCAACAUACCAUUCGAUGGAAUAUUGUUAAGCAGCCUAGCUGUUUAUGGCUGAGUGAGCAAAACAAAAAUGGUGUACACCGCUGUCAAAAGACGAAAUAGCCGAAUUUCUAACGAAAACUGAGCGAACGGAAUGCAAUAAUAGGAAGAAUGAAUUUUGCUCGCCGGGUGUCAUCUACUUUUUAAGGUGUAUUCGCAAGAAAAAAAAAGCUUUUGGUUUAUGUUGAUACCGUGCCGAGAAACAAAAAAUGUUCGAGGAAUGUCUACGAGAAAACAAGUUUGACUAAGAACCUAGAGAUAUUUUGAAGGAAUAGUAAAACAAUUAAUUCGGCUUUCGUACGAUGUGCAAAAUCAUGGACCGAGGUGUAUAAAAUCCUCCUCGCUCCGCAUAAUUCUUCACAUCACACUCAGCCUCUUUCAAAAGUUGUUGCCGUUGCAUUUAUUAACCUUUAGGACUGCGUUCACGGACGUCUUAGUGCGCACAAUGUGUUGGUGGCCAGUGAAGACUGUGUCAAGAUCAGUGACUCUGGAUUGUUGGACUUGGUGAAGAACAAACAGAGCUUCUAUGCCUCCAGAAAGGAAAAUGGGUAAAGCGGCCAAACUUACGUAUUUAUAUUUUCAAACUGGGCCUCUUGGAUUUCUUCUUUCAGACAUCAGAUAAAAUAUGACAUUUGCAUAGCGUCAGGAAACCCAUCCCAUUUUCAGUGGCUUUAUAGUUCAAUGUUUAUUACAGCAUAUUUAUCGUGUUUGAUUUUGCUAACAUUUGAGUUUGUUUACGUCCCGGUUAGGUUCAGCCACUGUUGGUUUUCACCUCUGUCGCUCCAGUCGCAUUCUUUCGUCAAGAAAAGCGACGUUUGGGCAUUUGGUGUGACUGUCUGGGAGAUGUUUGUGAUGAAAAAGCCCUUUCAUUGCAACUUGGAAGACCGAGUGUUAACAAAAGAAGAGGUGAACAUUUUUUCGUCAUAGCGACAGUCAUGGACUAAAGUCUUGGCACCCUUUUGCAUUUCAAAUGCAGCGAGUAUGGGGCGUUUUCCAAUUCACACAUGCCCAACCCCUCCCCUCACCCCACAAUUAACGCAUUGGACGCGCGUAUCCAGAAUUUAUUCCGAGUUUCAACUUUGUAUACGGUGGGGAGAACUACAACGAUGCUCUUCUUUUUGAGGGAACCCAGAAAUUACAGAAAAAUAUGAAUACUUCUUUACUGUCCCAAGGACUUUUGUCCAUGAUUGUAUUUAAUAUAAACAGUUGAAACCAUAUUGAAUGUUUAUAGUGUUAUGAAGACUCUUGUGAAAAUUUUGGGAGGACAAACUAAUCCUUGCCUUAUCUGCCUGUUGAGUAAAAAACCAUCCCUUGCUUACCUAGCUAGCCAGAGAACUUAGCGUGUUCGAUUGGUAGCUGUGUAAUGUUUUCUUUGAACGAUUCCUUGUUUUCAUUUUGAGUAUUAUUGCAACUGAUUUACAACCACUUUACAGAUUACAAUAAAAGGCAACAAAGUGGUAUAUAAAAAGUUUUAUUUGGUUCUUCACAAUCAGGACCGUUCAGCAUGCACUCUGCUAGUUGCAGGGUAGCCGCGAUGUGGAUUACAAAACCUGCAACCGAGUUUUUUUUGUGUCAUAUUGGACUACAGUAAAAACCCGCGAGGAAGAACCUGGUAUUUAAGAACCUGUUAGGCUAACAUUUGCCAGUUAAGCCCCGUCUUGAACGUCUUUAGCACAAAAUUCGACACAGGUUCCCAUUUUCUAAAAUCUAUAAAAACUUUCUGUAUACUUGGGCAAAUAAGGUUAAGGUAUUACAAUACAUGUAUGCUAUGUUCUGAAGGAGGAAUUCAAAAUUCAUGUGGACAAUGCUUCAGUUCUUCUUAUAUUCAUUUUUACAUAAAUGCCAAUUUGGUAUGCAGAUUUUAUAUAAGAAAUAAGUUGAAUACCACUAAAUACUCUUAGCUACAACGUAUUUUUCCAUCAGAAAAUAAGAACUUAUUUAAGAACCUAAAUAGCUGACCAUUUAUGUAACAACUUGUGUAGGCUAUCUUCGGAAAAUACAGGUACCGUAUUUACGAGGCCCUAAUUGGUGCGAUUUUUUUUUUUUAAUUUUAGGUUUUGAGCCGGUACUUGCAAGGGCAGUAUCUUAAUCCACACAGGUCAGAGAAACAUUGUAACAAAUGUAGGCCCAAGGGCUUGUUUCCUCCUUUUGGAAUGCAGCAUGGAAACCAAAUUAAAAGAUGACUUGCUUAGCUAUGCGUAUCCUGUUACAUUUCGCGCAAAAGAAAUCGUUAACCCCAACGGAAUGUUUGUUCUAAAAUCAGGAUAAAUUUAUUGCCACAAAGCAGGUCUAGAAAACACUAUUCGCAAGCCUGAGAAAACGGCCGUUAUUUCGCUACGACACCACUGGUUCCCCGACGAAAUGACGUCUGAGAAUCGAGUGCGGAAAUUCCAUACUGAUGACGCGUCACUACCCAAUGCAAAUUGUCAUCCACUAAGAAACACUACCUAUAUCUGGGUAGUGACGCGUCAUCAGUAUGGAAUGUCUGCGCUCGAUUCUCAGACCUCGUUUCGGGGGGAAACUAGGGGUGACGUCGCGAAAUAACGGCUGGUUUUCUCAGGCUAACUAUUCACGCGCUUCUGAAAGUUGUUUUCGUCGGACUUGUCACCGGGUCAUCUAGUAUGGCAAUAUCUCUCUUAGAAUAUCUCCCAGGAAAUCAUAAUGGACAAAAGUCUAGUGCCUUUCCCCUUCUUUGGUUGACAUAGAUGAUGUGGUUCAAUUUUUCUCCUCGGUUUAAAUUUAUUUCCAUAGCUUUAUGCUGAUUUGGGUAAUUUGUAAACAAAGGAAAAUAUAAUUUCAACCAAGGAUAUGUAAGAAUUAGAAAAAGAAUACUCAAACUUUCUCUUCAUUUCACAGACCGAAUGUCCCAGUGAAAGUUCAAGAACUGAUAACACGUUGCUGCUCAGCAGAACCACAGGUUUUCAUUUGAUUUCUAAUGUAUAGAAUAUAAGUUCUAUUCGGCGGCUGAGUGGCCACCUAAUACGACAGUGAUCUACUGAUACUUUUGUCUGCCAGAACUCUGAUAACUAGCGGCUAACUAGUGUAAUUAUGAAAUUAUGUAUGAUGUCAAAAAUUGCAAACGGAAAUAGCGUAUGUCCGGAUACUAGAGGUUCAACGGUGGACUAUGUCCACAACAGUCAUACCUAUAUAGGAUACAAGAUCCUUAGUUAAGAAUGUUUUGGAAGUGCUCAAAUACCAGUCAAGCUCUGGUCUUCGAAAGUUUCACGCAAGCGGCAUUCACCUUUGGAACUUUUUAACGAACGCCAUGUUGGACAAUAUGUCAAAGAUAGAUCAUUUCAUUCUUAAAGAGCUAGAACUUUUUAACAUUUUUGAAUUCUAUAUAUAAUAUUUGUAUAUAUCGUUCUUUUUAUUCAACGAGGUGCAUUUGUACGUAUCCUUUUCCUGUAUUUUUGCACAUCUUACUCUACUUUACUGGAUACCAUUAUAUAUUUUAAGUUUUUCAGUUUUUUCGCUUUUCUUUUGGGCCACAAUGUAAAUUACUGUUUAAAGAGUCAUUUGUGUUCCCCUAUUAAAGGACUGUCAUUAUUGUUAUAAUCAUAGCUAUAACAAAAUUUUGAAAUGUGAUUGGCUAUCAACUGCCCUGAUUUCAGCCUUAGUAGAACAGUACGCCUCAUGCCUAAGUAACUGGACAGUGCGCGCCAUCGUGCGCGCGCUUCAAUGGCUUUUUUUUACUGCUGGCAAAAAAGAGGUCUUGGAAUUUCUUGUGUUAUGAUUUGAGAAAAGAGCCUUUUGUAUCACAAAUUUUGUUAAAGUUAUGAUUAACUGGUAACAGAACUUCGUGCCGCCCAAUUCGGUCUGUAAUCAUACUCGUGAUUAAACAAAUCGGACUUCCGCUACGCGGUCGUCCGAUUGUUGAUCACUUCUAUGAUUAUAGACCGAAUUGGACUCCACUCAGUCCUGUUACCAUUACUUAUUAUUAUUGUUAUUAUUAUUAUUAUUAUUAUUAUUAUUAUUAUUAGUGGAAUGGCCGAUGAAUGCAAGAGAUUCCAUAGCCGCCUCGCAGAGCUACUUGCAUUAUUAUUAUUAUUAUUAUUAUUAUUAUUAUUAUUAUUAUUAUUACUAGUAAUAGUUGACAUUAAAGCUGCCCCCGUUCUGUAUAUGGUCGGUCAAUAGUAUUCUUGCUGGUUGUGUAGGUCUUUGAAAUAUACCGAUUCAUAAGGAAGAUUUUCACACAAUCAUAUUCCGUACAAUAGGUGAGAUAAAUACAGGAAACGCAAGGUUCCAUGCACAGUUUCAGGUCGAUUUACACGGCUUUGACCAAAAAAUUCUCAGUUUCGAGAAAAGUUUAUUCUAAACCAUAAGAAAAGAUUUAAUUAGAAGUUGAGUUUUUCGCUAUUUCUCUUUCACUUUUUACAUUCAGUUCAUUUUAUGUGCCGGAAAGUAAGCCUUAGAAAUUAAAAGGACGUUUGAUCGAUUCACGCUCGCGCAUUCUAGUCUCUGUAAGCAGGGAAUAAGUCAGCACAGAAUCUGAUUGUCGGCGAAUUUCUGUAAUUCUCCAUCAAUCUGCUAGUGAUAAGCUAGCCGUUGUUCACUCGUCUUGCUUGUUUGGGGCUGAGUCUUGUUCCGGUCAAAGAGAGAGAAAGAGUGUCUGGCAAGGGUUCCAAUAUAAAUCAAAGAUUUGUGAACUCGUGUCUGGAAAACUCUCCAAGUGUUCGUAUAUACACAGUUAAACGCACCUCAUAACCUCAUCUGCGCUUAACGAGUGUCUUUUGGUCCGUAACUUUCAAAACAACUGCUCCACAGAAUGUCACUGCCUAACGCAAAAGAGUAUCGAAGUAUGAAUGCACAAAAAUGUCACAAAUUCUACCUGAGCGGUCCCUUCGGGAUUUUCUGUCUUUACGUCAUCCUAACCAUUUCGUACUUGCGGGCGCAAACAAUAGAAACGUCAUCAUUACCUACCGAUUCGAUUCGAGCAAAUCGAGAUUGUUUCUAGUAUACUGACUGUAUAUUUGAACUGUAAGUACUGUCCUUAAUAUACGCGCGAGUUACUAGGGUGCCUCCUCGGGAUUUCGCCUCUGGGCGAAAUCCCUGCGGGGGCAAUUAUUAUUAUUAUUAUUAUUAUUAUUAUUAUUACAAGUGAUACCGGUAAAAGUAAAUUAUAGUUAUUUUACAUUAUAUAAAGCUUGGAGUUUAAACCUUAAAAUAAUUUGAUCAAAAGGGGUUAGCUUUUUCGUCUUUCAUCUUUGCCGCAAAUUUUAUACGACGAAGGCACGGUUCGAGGUUGUCUGCUAUAGUGAGAAGUGAUGCCAUUUGCUUUUAUUGAAAUAAAUGGAUGAAAAUUGAUUUACAAGUCAUGGCUAGUGAGAUACAAAUCAUGUCAAAGAAAAAUUAAAAUCAGUUAUUACGGCUGAUUCUUAAGUCGUGGCACAAGCCGAUUGAUCGUUGUCCUCUUCUCAAGGGGAAGACGAUUGAAAACGGACACGAGAAUUUCGAAAUGAAGGAGUUCCUCUGUUACCUUUCGUGGGCUGAUACUCGCAAUAGUAGUUUUUUUACUCGCAAAAGUAAAUUGUACUUUUGCUAUCCAAUGGGCGUCUGUUGGGCAUCAACAUUUCUUAUUAACUGCAUCGAGAAUGUUAAGUCCAUUUUAUAAAUAAAUGGUCUUAGAAGCAAUUCCUUUAUAGCAAAUAAUUUUUAUAUUUUCUUGUCUUCUCAGGACCGUCCAGACUUCCGGGAUAUGGUGGUAAACCUAUGGUCACCGGAAUUAGGUACGUCGUAUUUGUUAACGUCUUUUAAAAUCAAGACUUCUGUUUUGUUUUGCUGAACAAUCCUUUAACCCUUUGGACACCUUAAGUAUCCUGACCACUCAAAUGGAACCUCUGUCCUUGACACGCUUGCAACUGUACAGCUAUUUGCUUGGGCGCAACUCUUUUGGGACGACGAACUAUAUAGUUUACAUGUUAGCCUAUUGCCUCAUAGAGCUCCAUAAGGCGCAAUGUAGGACGUUGAUCUUUGUACCUCUUGUGACCUCAUAACACUUUGAAUAAGAGAGAGCGAUCCUUCAGAGAUAAACCAAGCCCGUUUGACUCGAAAAACAAAGGGAAACGCAUAUCCUGACUUGUACCACUUUCGGUUAUAGCUUUCACUGUUCUAGGCCUUUCUUCAAAAAUGUCCUAGGGAACAAAAUCUGAUGAAUGUCCAGCAGAAAGGCUAACUAGAAGUGAAAAACAGCCUGAAUCGACUUCUCGUUCAAAAGAAAGUUUUGGAGAAAGCCUAAAAGUCAAGGAAAGAAUUGCAUUGAUUUCUCACCCUAUAAUACAUAGCGUUUUUGACCUUUUUCGAAAGAUACCAGAGUCUCUGUUUCCUCCUACUAGAAUAACAUUCUAAAAUAAGUUACAAGGCUUUCGGUAUCACUUCCCUGUUCAGUGUCGUAGGCAGAAACUUAAACUGGGCUUAUCGGAAAAUCGAUGCCAGCACUAUGCUACCUGAAGGAAGAAAAUGUGGGUUUAUAAGUGGAAGAUUUACAGAUGUUUGUAUGAUUGAUGGAUCUCUCCUCCCUCUCUUAUCUUUUCUUUCUUGUUCAUUAAUAGUUUCUGAGGAGGAAGCCGAGGAGGGUCUCCUUAUACCUAACAUAAACGAACUGGAGGACUGGGAGAAUCCAAUACUGCCUCGUGAAAGCGAUUUGGAAUUGCAGAAACAUCGAGCUGAUUCUGAGGUAUUCUUGUAUUUUCUAAAUCUUCAUGUUGUUUUCUACCUGAGAUACUAAAUAAUUCUUAGUUAGCAAAAUUGUAAUUUUAACGAGUUUGACUGUGUAAAAAUAACUGGCAAGGUUUUCAAUGUUUACUACAAAGUCUACACAGCCUGUUUUUGUUGUGAGACGUGUACCUGGUAUGAUUACUGUAUUUAUUGGCGGCUUCUGUGCCAAAUUUAACCUACUGUAUUUUUUGCAUCAGAAACUAAUGUUCGUUUAUUUUGUUAUUCAAGGCCUCUAAUGUGGACUACUCCUGUCUCCCUGGAGCCCCACUGCCCGACGAUUCCAGUAGCUCCAACGACAUAACACUUCCAGGCAUCACGUACAUAUCCAAUAGUGCUAGCUUUAACUGUACUAUUUUAAGAAAGGAAAGCCUCUCGAAGACAUUCUCCCAUCCUGGGUUAUUCACUAACGAUACUUUGCCGUCAAGGGACCCAGUUAAUGCGCUAACACCAAGGAAAGUAAGCGUCACUAGAGCUAGUUCAUGCCCUCCAGCCAUUGAGGCAAGCAAUGAAGAGCCAUGUGAGGAUUCGGAACUAACUGCUAGACAGCCUGAGAGAAGACAGCGAGAGGUAAGAUUUUUCGAACCACCAACGUCAUCUUCAAGGAACAGAAUCGAUAGCAAGCUGCCUUGUGCACCACUACUACCACAACUGGAGUUAAAGAUGUUCGGCAGCAGUACGGGGAUUUCUGUGGAUACGAAUGUUGAAGAGUUGAAUGAUAGCGGAGAUACCAGUGGUGGAGAUGAUGAUGAGCAACAGACCACAGAGGCCAUGGCAAUGCAGUGUCUUGCCGGACUGGUAAACAGAACUUUGAUGCCCCCAACUAGUUUUGCUGGUGAUGUCCUAGAGGGUACGUAUGGAAGCAACAUCGAUAACAGUAAUGCCCGCUGGAGUGAAUUACCGGCAAAUGUUGCCACCGGACAUGGUGAUCUUUCUGGUGCAGAAAUAAACGCGCAUUUGUCUGAAUAUGAUUCAGUGGAUAACAAGUUUGAGACAACAACUUCCUUCAGUCAACCAUGUGAGGCGGUACAUCCUACAGAAGAUUUACGGAAAUUGAGUUCCGGGUCAUAUGUGAUGCUUUCGCGAAGUAGUAUGUCAUCAGAUAAGUUCGAACAUGCUGAAGCUAAGGAGCCCUUAUCUGUGGCUCCCAACGCAACUGAUGUCUCCAGUGCUCUUGAUGCCUCACCAUACCGUUCUUUGCGAGAAAUAGAAGGCAGAAAGGUCAGUUCUUCAUCUUCAGUUUCAUCUUCUUCACACGAUAUGGAAUGGUCUUUGUCUCAAAGAGACACCGAACAGACCAAUGGAUCACCUGGAUUGUGCUGCACAUCAUCGGAUGGACUGCUGGGGUCAUUUUCAAAUCUUCGUCCUCCCAAUGGGGUGCAAUCCAUGGACCUGCCUCCGCUUCUCUAUGAUACAGAGGACUGUUCUGGUAGAGAAGAGUCAUUUCCGGUAAUUACGGACUUACAGGAUAGCAGCGACAACGAAGAUGCGUCUUCUCGAGACGACGCCGAAUCAAGUCUGGGUGAUAUUUUCCAUUCUGGAUUCAACAGAAUGGCAAUAGACAAUGAUGGUGAAAGUGCAUUAAACCUCUCUCUGCCUGCAUUUACCCAUCUUGAAUUUGGCCUUGACCCAGCAGAGGAACAGGAAUUGGUAUUGGAAGAUGACUCACAGUCGCAUCAAAAUGAAGUAACACCUUCGCAAAUAAAUGUUGAUGAAACCUCAUUGUUCAUGAGCCUCGCUGGCAGGGAAGAAGUAGAUAUGAACGAUCAUGAAUCUAGAAACUACUUGCUAGAAGAGAGUCUACCCACUUCUGAUAUGCCUUGUUUCGAGGAGUUGUUGUCCAAUAUCAAACCAGAUAGCGUUGCUUCUACUAUAGCCACGUCUGAAUGUGGUACGUCUGUCCUGGAAAACAGUGCAGAUGCUUUGGAUGUCGAUGAACAGUUUGAAGCUCAUGACGGCGUGGACAAUGAGAUGAUCCUGCCAUGUGGGCCUGUGAGGUUUCCGUCGGGUAAGGUUGAUUUCCCAAAUUCUACCAUCUUGAUGAUUGAAGGCGGGCACGAGAAUUUUGAAAUGAAGGUGUUCCCCUUGAAUAACCUUUCAAAGGAGUGCCCAAAAUCAACCGAACUACUUUUUUUCAAAGAUAACCAGUCCCAAAGCCAAGCAAUAAGUUCAAAUCAUCUUAAUGAUGCUUUCAGUGAAGGUGGUUUGUCUCAAGACAAUGAUCAGGAGGGUGACGGAGAUAUCGUAGAAAACGUGGUGCCCAAUCCUUCUCCUUAUUCCUUCAAAGCUGAUGAGCAUGGACGUCUUCAAGGUAAAACUAAAGAAUUUAUUUCCGCGACAGGAAAACUUUCAUAGACUUUCUAGAUAAAUCGAAUGUUUUUAGGGAGUACGUCACAAAGCAUUUAAUCGUACCAAUCGUUGUAAGCUCAAGUGAUGGAGCAGUACCAUGCGGAUAGGAUAAAAAAUUGUGAGUAGUAGUCUAGUUCCCUGUGCUAGAACAACCACCCUGAAUAAACGCGCCCAUCAGGAAGAUGUGGACAGCUUUUAAGCGGAACGUAUCUUCUACCUGUCAGCCGAACACCACUUCUGAUUAUUACAUUUUUCGCUGGGAUUUAUUUUCACAGAAAUUACGCGGCCUUUACCAGAGGUUCCAAGUGAGCCAAAGCCCGCUAACAACAGACGAUUAGUGGCACGUGGAUAUCGUCCACCUCCUCGGCCUGUAGAACCAGAACCAGAACCAGAAACCUCUCUUGACUGCUCCUCAUCCUCUGAUGGAGUCUGGCCCAGCUGUGAAACAGUGGACAAAAUUUUUAGGAGAAAAUCUACAACUGGUAUGCACUUGACUGCGUUUAACAUUUCACUCUUAAAACAUUUUGACCAGUAUUUCUCUCUGGAACUUGUCCGGUGCGAGAAUGUGACCAGGAACUCUCCCUUUCCAGCUUCCCCUUAAUGCUCAAGGAUGUGUUACUUAUGGAACAUGAAUACUGUUAAAACAUAACAGUAUAUUCAACACUAGAAAAAUAAUUUUAUUUCGCUAGGUAUCAAGACACCUCGAAACGACUCUUCAGCGACACUUUUUAUCCACCCACUCUUCGAUGUUAGGAUAUUGGAGUAAAACAUCCUGUUUGAUUUUUAUUUAUGUCAUUAAUGCUGAUGUAUGUUUUAUUUAAUCUUGACACCAGGCUCAUCAUCUCCAUGUGAAGAAACGCCAGUCGUACAACUAGAUAUGAGCAAGAUUCCUCCUCACUUGAAAAUUCCAUUUGAACAACUGCAGUUGUUAAAACAUCUUGGCCAGGUAAGAUAUUUGUGUAAUUAUUUCAUUUAGCAUUUUGGAAAACAAUAUUGACUAAAAGCUGACCCUGAAUCCUUAGCAACGUGUCAUAUUUAACCCCAAACAAGUUGUUUGACCUAAAAGUGUACGAUGUAAGGUUUGAAGUUGCAAACUCUCUAACUAGCUUAAUCUAAACAGUUUAUCUCAUUAAACGGCUAAAUGACAUGAGACCCACACCUUAAAGUGCUAUUAUAAUCAACAUUUUUCCUUAAGAACCGUUGCAGGACAUUGCUAUCCCAAAUUAAGUGGAAUUUCCUUCUCUCCCUCCCACCCACCAACCUGUAAAGUGCCAUCUUUCAAAAAGAUAAUUAAAAUCUUUCAUAGAUUCACGAGUUGGGUCAUAGAGGCCUUUAUUUUUUAACGGGUUCAAAAGUUGACUGUAGAUGUACUGAUUUUCGUUUUAAUCCUUAGCAGUAGAUGAAUUUCGGGAUAAAACUGUAGGCCUGCUUGUAUGACAGACAUGUAAGGUUUUGAACACAUUUCGCAGGGACAAUUUGGAGAAGUGAGGCACGCACGUAUGGUGUACACGGACAAAUGGAAAAAUCCUAAGGUUAGAACAAAAAUAAUGAUGAUGAUGAUUACAAUAGGUAAGGCUAUCCAUUUGUAUAAAUUUAUCAAUGGUCACAGCCCAUCCUACAAGAAGAACUCAGACGUGAGUGAUAGAAAUAGCCAACAUAGGUCCUUAAACUUGUACUGGCCUUGCUUUAAGAAAAAAAGCUCAGUGGAACAAUCUUUUAGCUUAAGAGCGGCUAAACUUUGGAACUCGUUACCCUGAUGUUUUUAAAAUGGUGAGCGUAUAAAUAGCUUUAAAAAGAGCCUCAUCCACUUAUGCAUACACACUUUUGACGUAAGCAUGAAAGCGAGGCCUAAGACCCACCAGAUUUCCCGCAAACUUCAAAAAAGUAGAUUGGUUGGUGAAAACAAGUACGAUUUGUGAUUAAGAGAUAAAAAAAUUAAUACCAAAAGAUAUUCCUGGAGCAGUUGUUUUAAAUGAACGUGCGUUGGAAAGUGGACGGAAGAGAAACUAACCUUCGGCAAGGAUCCUUCGGAAAAACAUAAAAACGUUAAGUCUUUCAUAUUAUCGGAACGAUUAUUACAAAGCGCAGUAGUGCAGCAGCGCAGCAUUUGUGAGAACUAUUUUUUGUCGUAGUUUUUAAGGUGCGCUUCUGCCAUUUUAUAUACAAUUUGACCGCGAUGUGGUCCAUAGACCUCGCUUUCAUGCUUACGUCGUAAGUGUGUAUUAAGCUUUUAAAGAGGAAGGAAAUUGUAAACAAGUGGACGUCCAGCGCUCCUAUAGUUCAGUGUCAUGUCAUCCACAUCUACUCUCUCUGAACCUUCAAGAAGUCUGUUGUUUUCAUUUUAGAGAGAAGACGUGGCAGUAAAAGUGCUAAAACGGAAUGCGUCAAAACAGAGUUCCAGUGACUUUGUUAAAGAAGUAGAAAACAUGGUUGAGUUAGCGUCUAAACCGCAAUGCAAAUACGUCAUAAAACUUCGUGGGGUAUGCAAAGGUAUUAAAGUGCUUCUUUUAAAUUUUUAAUUUGUAAAGAUAAACUUGCUUGCAGUUUUUGGUCAUAAAUGUUGCUCCCGUUUUUAUGAUAAAAGUAUUCAUUGAUGGUGCCUUUAUGCAUGUCAGAGCAGUCAUUGGUUCAAAAAUGUGUGCUUCCCUGUUUUAGGACAUCUCUGACGUAAUCUUUCGCAAUUUGUUAACCUACGAAAUGAGCGCUUCGGUAAGUUCCCGCUCUCCUCAUGGAAACGGAAUUUGACUAUUGGCAUUUGAGGAGUAGGAAAAACUAAAGCACCAGAAGAAAAAGAAAAGAAACUACAAAUUGCAAAUUGUAAAUUGCACCAGAGGUUCAUAAAUGGCAGUCCGACCGUUUUGACCACUGCCUACACUGAUUUUGGUACUUUCAUACCUCAGCGUUAAUAAUAUGUGUUGACUUAUGGUAGAUGCGGAUGAAAGACUUAUGCUGAUAACUGAGCUUGCUUCUCAAGGUGCUCUCCGCGAUUAUUUGCCGAAAAACAAGGUAAUACUUAUUGGAUUGUAAGCUUAUUAACCAAAUAAAAUGAAUACUUUUUUCGAAAUUUAAGUUGCGGUGGCGCAGGAAGUAUUAAAUUAUAAAAUAUUACAUAAGUACGACACAAUGAUAGAAUUAAGAAUUUGUUCAUGCUUAGCGUGCGUAUAUCGAGUUAUGGAUGCACGCGGGAAGUUUGGAGAGCACGAAAGAUGCGUAAGAGUUGCACGAGGCGAUAGCCGAGUGCAACUCUAGCUUCUUGAGUGCUCUCCAAACUUCCCAAGUGCAUCCAUAACUCGAUAUACGCACAGCUAAAAGCAUGAGCAAAUUCUUUUCUAACAUAGCUCACAAAAAUGCAUGCUUUUUUAUUAACUGCAAAAUUCUCUUAACGUGUGACUCAAUAACAAACGGUUCUAUUGGCUGAUUAUGAACACGCCACAAUCGUCUAGUUUGAAUGAAAAUAUCCUUUCUGUAAAGGUGAGAAAGAAAAUUUGCUUCUUUAUUCGUUAACGAUCAAUGGAAACUAAGCAGAAACAAAGGUAAAAGAGUCUUAAAGUUCACCUAAAGUUAAAACUAACAUGUUCAUAAGAAGUCGUGGAGUAUGAUUUGGAUUUGCUGAAAAGAUAUUUACGUUUUGCUCGGCGAAAUCCAGAAAACAUGUUCAGUUUAGUGAAGACGACUGUCAUCCUUCUUUAAACUUAUAUUCAUUUACGAACAUUGGCUGGUCAUUACGGCUUCUUGAGGAGACCUGGCAGCAGUUGUUUUUGUGAGUAAUAAAUUUAUGUCUUCUUGUGAAAUUUGUGUUGUUAUUGCGAUAGAAAUUUUCCUGCUUCAGUCGGAUUGUCCGGAGAAAACAAAAGUGUGAUAACAAAUUUAAAAACAGCAAUAAAAACGGAAAUUUUGCCUUUAAAUGUUGUUGAUGACCAGUUGGUGUCUGUUCUGUUCCCAGUGAAUGUCUUUCGGCCAAAAUUUGCUGCAGCUGGUCUUCGACAAAUUUGCGAACGGCGCGCAACUUGCGAGAUUUUUUAUUUUAAUUCGGCUUUAUUUUUGCUGCUGGUUGGAUCAGGAUCUAAAAGGUCAAUGCCGAUAGAAAAAUUGGGCAGUUCUUGGCUGGUUUCUUCCAUAUUCUAAAGAGAAGGGAAAGGGUACUACAGCUUAAAAGACGACAACUUUGCACCCAGGUGAAAAAAAAAAUGCUCACGUCAUCUUAUUUACGCACGGGCGUGCGUAAAUAAAGAUUUUGUUCAUAGCGGCUCAAUAGGACUUAUAUAGGGCAAGCACGCGCGCUAUGUUAUAACAACUAAUGGUGAAUGAUAAAGAUAAGUUAAAGGGGCUGUUUUACGACAGUUCAGUUCAUUUUGUUUAAUUUUGCCUAUUAAUCGCCCUCAAUCGCUAUGGAACUUAAAGUAAGCAAUGAAAUUACAUGUAAAUGACAAAAUCAGAGAUCUGAGACAAACAAAUAUGUCUCCCGAGCAUAAUUUUUGAAGUUGCAAGCAACACGAAUCAACUUUGAAAAACUGUUACGCUGAACAGUUUUCAAAAAACCAUAAUUUCAGUCCGUUUCAAUCUUCUUCGGUUUUGCCCAUCCGUGGCAUCUGUUGUUUCUGUUGUGUUAUUUUAACCUUUCUUUAAUGUUUUGAGCGGUUAUUUUUAUGUUUCUCUUAAUUUAACGGGCAUUAUUUUGUAAUUACCUAAUUUGGCUGAAUUUUGUGACACAGCUCCUUUAAUACAGUUCAAUGAAUGUGAAACUUCGUUUUACCCCUGUACUUUGACAUUCUUCAAUUUUUGACUUGAACUCAAUUGCCUUAAAAGAAUGGUGCGUUUUUUUCUUAGAAGAAAGUAUAUCGUGGAUGUCAAUAUUUACCUCUUAAUCACCAGUAAAUUGGUUUUGGCGUAGCCCUUUCGGUUUUACUACAAGUGAAAAUUGUUUUAAGUUGACCUUGAGAUAAAGCAUCCGUGGAGGAUUGUCUAAAUUGACGUGAGGCCCUUUAUUCUUUUAAAGGGCAAGGGCAGUUCCCCCAUCUUUAGCUUACACUUCUCUUUCCAACAUUCCGUUUCUUGUUCUUACGACAGUUGUUCGAAGUCCUGAUCUUUCCAUGUUAAGCUUGAUCUUCCUGAGAAUGUCAUCACAUUGCAUUUUUUUACGUCAGGCUGAGCAAACCCUGUAUAGCUAAGAAACCUUAUUGGCUUGACACUUGAAUUAGUUUACAGGUUAUGUUAUUCAAGUCCGGUGGGGCCUAUGCUCGUUUCUUGGCGCUCUCUCUUUUUCCCGUCCCGGAUGGGCUAACUGUUCAAUAUUAACUUGCCUGUUUAACUACAGGUAGCCCAAGCUGUACGGGUCGAUCGAACUUUGUCACGAAAUCUGAACAAUGCGGUAACGAAGUAUUAGGAUUUCUUUGGGGGGGGGGGAAUACGUCAUUUUAUAGCUAAAAUUAAGAACAUAAAACGAUUUUGUAAGUCUAAGAGACCUCGUGAAAAGAAGUCGUUGUUGUUGUUGUCGUUUUUUUUUUUUUUCAUUUAAUUGAUUUUUUUCCUUAAAGAUCGCUUCCCUUAAAGUCUUUCGUUUGUUUUUUCGUGUCUUCUACUGGUUUUUAAAAAGUAUAUCUUUUACCUUUUAGGACAUUCUCGGAAAAAGGCAACUUCUGGAAUUCUGUAAACAGAUCUGCGAGGGAAUGCAAUACUUGGUACGACUGGAUUUUUUUAGUUCACUCAAAUAUAAAUCGUACCCAUGGAAAGUAUUAUUUCAGCAUUGAAUACGAUGGCCGUCUGAGAACACGAGAGGGUAGAAGAAAACAUUAGUGAUGAGCACGUGUUGCCACAUGCUAAGGCCCAGUUCAAACGUCGAAAUUUUCCUGCGCCGAACCUAAUCCUAAUCGACGUUUGAAUCAACUGACAACUUAAUUUGGGUCGACCCAUGAAUCAAGGUCGAGAUGUCCACAUGGGAAUUGCGACUGUGGAGCGACUUAGUUUCAAACGUCGAACUUUGUUGAGCCUAUGCAAACAUUACCAUAAUUUAUUUUCACUGGUAAGCAUUGCAGACCAUUGUACAUCGUAAAAAUAAAUCGAGUCGGACUAAUUAAGUUCGACGUCUGAAUCAACCUUCGAACUUAAAUCUUACCAAGUCUGGGCCCACAAUGUAAACUAAUGGGUCAAUCAAUUAUUGUGACAGCCAUUAAAGUUUUAUUAUUAUUAUUAAGUUCGGAAUACGAAAAGUUUGACGUUUGAACUGGGCCUAAUACUGAUAUAAAUUUCAGUAUAGUGAUACCCGUACUAGUUCCCUACCCGUGUUUAUAUUUAAGGUGACUCGACCCAGUAUUUUUUUAGGUACACCUUCCAUCUUUGAAUCUCUUAGACUUUAACAAAUUUAUCUUUAUUGUAAAACCAUUAUACACAAAGACUGCACAGUAAUUUUCAAGGAGUAAUAACUCCUCUAGUGGGGUUAAUUUAACUCCUUAAUGGAGUUAUUUUUUAGGGAGUUAUUUUAACUCCAAAAAGGAUUUUAAAGAACUCUCUUUCAGGAGUAAAAAUGACCCCAAAUAUCGAGGAGUUAAAAUAACCCCAAAAAAGGAGUUAUCCUGUACCUACAAUUUUUACUCCACUUUCAGAGUUAAAGUAAAUCCAAAAAGAGUAAAAACAACCCAUGUAAGGAGUAAAAAUAACCCCAUUUUCGGAGUUAUUUUAACUCCAGACUGGGAGUAAAAAGAACUCUUUUUCAGGAGUAAAAAUAACCCCAAAUUUGGAGUUAAAUUAGGAGUUAAAGUAACCCCCAAAAAGGGGUUAUCCUGUACCUAAAAUUUUUACUCCAUUUUUGGAGUUAUAAUAACUCCCUAAAAAUUACUGUGUGACCUUUAUUAUGAUAUUUUUUGGGGGAAGAUCGGAAUAAAUAUAACGCGACAAUGACGUUACAAUAGUUCUAGCUCUAAAUUGAAUUGCAGCCCUUAUGGGCAUUUUCUUUAGAAAUGCUUGACGCUAUCUUUACUUUGGGUGCCAAGGCUUAUAUUUUUCAAAGGCCCUUUUUGAGUGGCUUUUUUUUGGAGGGGCUUAUCUACGGAGUGAAAUUUGAGUUUCAAAAUGGAUUUAGCUUGCCUUAUAGUUGCUUUGUUUUACUUUGUAUUUAAGGGCAAUUUUCCAAGUACAAGCCCCAGGGGGCUUUUAUUUGGAGGGGCGAUUUAAGGGAGGGUUUAUUGCGUUACCGGUUUGGGAGGGCUUAUAUUUGGAGGGGCUUAUACAUGGAGGGGCUUAUUUUCGGGAUUUUACGGUAUCAGAGGAAUUUCGAGAUAUCUUGGAAUUUCUACAAAAAGGGCACAAAUAAUGCAAGAGAAACAAUUUGCUACUUUUUGGAUGUUAGCCGGUUGUAGAGUGUAUGAGGGCCAUUUACAAAAUGAAUGAGGGACAAAAACGUUUCGGAAACAUCCAAAAAGUAGCAAUUUUUUUCUGCAUUAAGUCCAGUCUUCAGUUCGUGCUAAUUUAUGCCCUUUUUGUAGAAAUUCCAAGAUAUCUCGAAAUUCCUCUUAAAGACUUCGCAGAACAGCAGACAAGUACCUAAAGUAUAGGUAGCGUCAAGCAUUUCUAAAGAAAAUGCCGAUAAGGGCUGCAAUUCAAUUUAGAGCUGAAACCUUUGUGACGUCAUUUUCACGUGAUAUUUAUUGUGAUCGCCCAAAACAUAAUAUCAUAAUGAAGUUCAGUCUAUGUGUAAUACACUUGUUAUAAUGGUUUUACAAUAAAGAUAAAUUUGUUUUUAAGUCUAAGAGAUUUAAAGAUAUCGAUGUAAGGUGUACCUUCAAAAAUGCUGACUCGAGCCACCGUAACUCAGAGUAUUUGUUUUAGUAACAUAAGCAUUUUAUGCGUAGGAAAAAAAUUCACUUCUGCACAGAGAUCUGGCGGCGAGAAAUAUUCUGGUGAUGAGCGAGGAUCUUGUGAAGAUCAGUGAUUUUGGGUUGUCAAGGCUGCAAGACUACUACAAACUUCAAAACAUUGAAGAUCGCUUACUGCCUUUGAAGUGGUAAGUACGGACGGCCAUCUUGGUUUCAAAUGUUCCGAGUCUAACCGGGGGAUUAUGGUCAAAUCUGCUUAGUAUAAACCCCAAUGCCCGCCCCCUCGGUACAUUUGAAAGCAAGAUGGCCGCCCUUACCGGAAAGCGCUCGAUCCUCAGUGGAUUCUGAAGAUCUUACGAAAAAUAGGGAACUGUGAACAGUCUAACGCUAGGUAGAUUUAGCAAAGAGAACGUUUUUUUGAGCCUGUUUACAUGGAGGUGGGGGACCCCAGGUAGGUGAGGUAACCCGCUUAAGUGGGGUAACCGGCCUGUCCAUAUAAUCUCCGAUUUUAUUUGAUCACGUUUACAUGAUAGGUGGGAUGACCCACAACAUGUUACCUCACCUAUCUGAGUGCCCCCACCCCCCUCCAUGUAAACAGGCCUUAGUGACUACGGCUCGCGCGGAUUUAAAACCCUUAUUAACCAAUUGAAAAGGGGAAAGACUAUAAACGAAAGUUGCGCAUGCUAAAAAUCGUAACCGUUCAUCACUAGGAGACCUAAAUAGAGUGCCAUUACACAAUAUACGUCUUUAGCUUGAAUGUUUUGUUUCCCAAUACAGGUCAAACCCGAUGUGAUAAUACACUAGAGAACUGCUCCUUUCAAAUUUUGACUUAUUCCAGUGCAUAUGUACGCAUAAUUUAUAAAAAGACAAAGGGUCAAGUUCCCCUGGGACCUGUAUUGAGAAAACAAAACAUUGUAGUAGGAAACUUGGGGGAACAGUAAUCCUCUACAAUGACAUACAAGCUUAAGAGGUUUAUUGGUUUCCACUCCACUGAAAAGGCCAGCUUCGAAUGACUCCGAGGCUGAGAGAGGAAUACAAAAAUUAUUCAUCGUAGAAUCUAAAUGCAGUUUCUUUUGUUCUAUACACCUUUGCCUCGAAGCCAAGAUUAUAAAUUUUACUGAUUCAAAAUUGGCCUAUUCCGCACGCUUUUGUGUUCUUAUUUGACUUGUCGCGUUUUUUUAAAUUGGUACUGGUAAUCACAUGAUUUUGAGUCCAAUUUGGAAUAAAUAAGCACGAGUAAAUUUUUUCGAAAUGCUAAACAAUUUGUGGUCUUAGAAAAAAUUUACUAGUGCUUAUUUAUUCCAAAUUGAACGAGAAAAAUCAUGUGAUUACGUAUUAAUGAUAUUCAUGAAAAAAUUGCGAGAUAGCUUUAAAAUCACAUUAGAGAGUUUUAGAUCCGAGUUUACCGCGAACCUCUCACCGCUGGAGGUCACGUGACAAGUCUGUUUGAAUUAAAGGUUCUGGGUUAUUACCUCCGAGUUUUCCGCUCUUCCAGAGAAUUUCUUCUUCCUCCUCUGAUACUUGCCGAGCUAUGUUUGGGCGCUUACCACGGCCAGCCAAGCGAAGCUGUUUCGCUUUGUCGUCUAAUACCUCUUUGGACGAACUAAAUUCUCGGUAACGUACAAUGGACAGGGUGCAGCCUUUGUUCUUUUAGUGUCUAUCAAGCGAUACCAUCAUUACUUUAAGGCUUUCUUGUUCAUAAUCUUCUCCAUUUUUACUUCGGCGGAGCGCGAAGUAAAGGAUUUGCGACGCUCAGGAAUGUAUCAAAGUUGACAUUUUUGGGACAAGAUUGGGCACGCGAUCUGUAGGUUUUCAGUUUUAUUUGUCUAUUUGACGAAGUGAGAGCCGAAUAAGUUCGAGAUAUCUUGAGAUCACUUCGAUUUCUUUGAUUUAUUCUUUAACUUUUUCGAGGAAGAAAGAAUUAUGAUUUUGGCUUUCCUAGGGUUUGAACCAGCUCACCUGUGUAACCCGUCAGAUCAGAGGAGACUCUAAGUUGAGGGAUUAGCCGAUUGCGCUACUGCGACCCAAGGUAGUUCGGGACGUGAAAAAUAGUUAUGAAAUGAUGCACUAGUUUCGGGACAAGAUUGGGCGCGCAAGUUCGUGAGUAUUCGGCUUGUUUCUGCUAUUUCACGAAAUGAGACCGGACUACUUCGUGAUAUCUUGAGAUCACUUCGAGUUUAGUCUUUAAUUUACGGGAGGAAUAAAUAGAGGAUAUUACGUGGCCGCACAGAGACACGAAAUUUCCCUUCGAGUGUUGAAAAACAUUUCAAGAGUGAGUCCUCCUUUCGAACUGUUUUGUGAUGAAUUUAAAGUUACAAAAUGCUGCACAAAGACGUUUUGUCGUUGUUGAGUGUUACGUAGUAAAAUUGCUUUCAUGCGUUGCGUGACUUAGUCAAACGUUCUCCCCGUUUUUGGAUUAUCAUGAAUAAUUAAUUAGGGCAUGUUUACAUUUCAGCAUGAGUCAGCAGAUUUGCAUCAGUUACUUAAAUCAUAAAAUUUGUCGAAAAGCUACCACUAUUCGCCUGUUUGGUAUUUUCUAGAACCUUAUGUCAAACGGUAUACAAGUUCCAAGCGAGUUCUUUUGUUUAGUCAAGUGUGACGAAGGUCGAUUUUCAAGUUCUGUGUUUACGAGUUGGCGGAAGCCGUAAGAUAUCUGAAGUUCAAGAGAGAGUUUGUCAUUAUUUGUAGAGGCUGUUUAGUUUUACUUAAGUUCAAGUCAAGUUUGUGUUGGCGGAUGCUGUGUUUUAAAGCCCUUUAAAGACUAUGUUCCUUUGGUAUUAAACUUCCUUGUGUUAAUCCGACAUCCCUGCGUGCUGAUCGUCAGUGAAUAAUUAUCCUCAAAACCUUCGAACUCGUAACAUUGAGUUUUAGCCAAUUCCAUGCUCAACGUAAUUGACUCCUUACCCAUGCCUUACAUAUCUUUAAUCAGUACAUGAGACUGCUAUGCUUUUUUGAAGCCUGAUGUGACUAAGAAAAAUAGAGAAUUCCUUUUUCACUAUUUGUUUUGUUAGACUUGUCAUUCACUGCCAGUAACCUCGGUUUUUGCUCGAAACUGGUCUGGAGCGGAUCCAAAUUUUACGCCAUUUAGAUGGCGCAUUGAUUGGCUUUCAGUGAGUUCCGUUGUUUAUUAACCAAUCAGAAUGUCACGUUUGUUACUCUUUUCUGCACUCAAUUACCUUUUUUCUGCACCGUGUUUCCUAAAAACUGCAUUUCUUUUAGCCAAUCAUAAUCGAGAAAUUUUUUCAUAAUUUUUUUAGGUUUUUUUUAAUUAAUAGUGCUUUAUUGAAAUACAUAUUUGCUCAUAAACAUGAUACACGAUACAUAUUUGAAAAGGUGGACUGCGAGGUUAUCCCUAUAAAAGUUCCCGUAACUGAACUUUAAAAAUAUUUAAAAAUUAUAAAAAACGCGUGUGAAAAUCAUUAGUGCAGGUACAAAAUGGUGUAGUAAGAAUGAUAUUUAAAAUGAAAAUAUAUACAAUGAAAAUAUGAGCUUCUUUGUCAAUAAAUCUUCAUCCAUCUUUUUAAGCCUUUUUUAAAUUUGUUAACGUUUAUUUCGUACGUGAAGAGAUGGUUUGGCAAACUGUUCCAGUCUCACGAAGAAGAAGGACUUAAAGGAGUUAACUUUAACUAAUUUAGUUUGUAUUUUGUAUGGAUGGUUGGCUCUAGUGUUUUUAUUUCUACAAAACUCGAAAUAAUCAUGAAAGUCUAGGCCAUUUAGACCAAACACUGUCUCGUAGCAUUCCACCACAGGUAGGUAUUCUCUUCGAUGCUGAAGUGUGUUCCAGUUUAGCAAUAUACAUCGUUCUUCUUAUGACAUCUCGCGUAGUUUAUGACCGAGAGCGAUUCCCUCGAUGCUCUUCGUUGUACUUUCUCGAUUGCCAAAUUAUCUUUAACUAAACAGGGCGACCAUACCGGGCAUGCAUAUUCUCGGAUUGGUCUAACCAAGGACUUGUAGAGCAUAGAGAAAAUUUCCCUGUUCUUGCUACCAACUGUACGCUUUAGUAGGACCACCACUUUGUUUGCCUUAUUUACAAUUGCGUCCACGUGGUUCGACCAGGAUAAGUCUCUUGACACAUGAACACCCAGCUCCUUGCAUGAGUUAACUGAUUCUAAUUCUGUAUUCGAAAGGUGAUAAUGUGAUCAGAAAAGGGUUCACCUACCACAACAUUGUCUAUCAAGUCAGCGUUGGUAGUCAAAACAAGGUCCAGUAUGUUUUGAUUCCUCGUAGGUUUGUCCACUAGUUGAUGUAAGAAGUUGUCCUGAAUUAUGUCCAAGAGUAGUGUAUGAUGCUGUCAAAUUCACUUAAAUUAAAAUCUCUGAUUACUGAGAGAAUUUUGCAGGUCUUGCAAAACGUUGAGGUUACUAUCGGGCGGCCGGUAAAAUACUCCCAUAGUUAUUUUCCUGUUAUUCGUGGUUGAUACAUCGAUAAACAAUAAUUCAGAUUCGCAGUCGAGGUCUUCCCUCGAGAAAGCCUUAAUACAUCCUUUGGUGGCAAUUAGUACCACCUUCUUGCUGCCGGUCUUUCCUAUAAUACAAUAAAUCUCUUCACAUAAUCUUCAUAAUGUAUAUAAAGGAUAGGUUUGUCUUGAAAUUUCAAAGUGUUGCAGUGAAUCAAUCUUCAUGAAAGUUUCAGACAUUUUUAUGUACAUUAUGAAGAUUAUAUGAAGAGAUUUUAAAAGAAUUCGUUCGAGUCGUUUCGGAGAUAUACAAGAAAGCGCUAAAAGUCCAUAUUUUGAAUGAAGUUGCACUUGUACAGGUGGUGAGAAAACGGGUUAGAUUUCAAGAUCGUAUGAACGAAAGUACACCAAAAUUUCCUAGCAUCAAAAUAUGAUAUUAAGCAUCAUUCUUAUGCUACUUAAGAAUAAUUUGAGUCAUUUAUAACGUUUUUAUCAAAUAACCUAUCACGGCUAUUGAAAAUUUAAGGUUUGAAAUAUAUUUUCGUUUUCGUCGAAUUCAAACAUACAGAAUUUUUUACUUCUGACGGAGAUUGUUUGCUAAACACCAAACUUUAAGUUCCUAGUGUUGGAUUUUCAGUAGCAGGUCUAGAUCACACAAAAUUCGGCUUUUAUCAAUUUCAAAGUUUUUUGUUUGUUGUUGUCAUAGUAAUAUCGAUUUUAGUUAAAACUACAUUUUCACAAAUUUCAAUCCAUAGCCAAUUACUGGUAAAAAUGUUGUAGCGAUCGGACAAGGAAAAAACCACUUUUAAGGCGAUUGAAAAAUAUCGGUAUGGCCUCUGAAAAACUGUAUCGAAACACCUUAACACGUAUGUAUGGAAACUAUGGCCGUCAUAGCACAUAAUGAAUGCGCUAGCUUUUAAAGACCGUUUUUCUUUGUUUAAUUUAGGUAUGCUUUAGAAAGCCUGGCAGAAAAAAAGUUCACAACCAAAAGUGAUGUUUGGAGCUUUGGUAUAACAAUGUGGGAGAUCUUCUCUUACGGUGGUGACCCUUAUAGUGAUAUCAAAGCUGAAGAGGUGAGCAAAAUUGACUGAAUAGAGCGUUUUAGCUCAUCUUCAUAACCUUAACCUUCUCCUCGCGGGCCAGAUGUAAUCGUAUACCUCAAGAGAAAAGUUGAGCCUUCGGCAAAAAGUAUGCAAACUUUCUGCAAAAUCCCUCCUAGCCGCGCAGUUUUGUUGUUGUUUGUUUGUUUUGUUCUUUAUUUUUUUCCCUUACGAAGUACUUUUCUCAUGUGGAUAAAUCAGAGUUGUUAUUCCUGACCUUCAUCCAUUAGAUAGCCCUAUCCAGCUAUCGAACAACUGGCAACAGAACAAAGCCCUUUUGCUAAGACGUUAAUCAGAACGGAACGUGAAUUAGCCUGCGAACAAGUUCUCCAUUUAGGGUGGUCGCGAGAAGUCAUGCGAGAGCCGCACUCAAAAGGAGACGCGAACUCGUGCGAUGGGCGAGUUUCUCCGUCCCUCUCGUGGCUUGCUUGGCUCGCCAUAAUUAGUGACCUCGCUCGUAGGUUAAUCGUGAAUUCGCUCAUGUGACAUUUUGUUUGAUGUUGCAAUCGUGAUUCCUUGUUCUCCAUUAACUCUAACCUUCUUCAUAUACAUUCAUUUACAGCUUCAUGCCUUUCUGGAAAAAGGAAAUCGACUCUCUUGUCCAGAGAAGUGUCCGCAGGACAUUUACAAAGUUAUGCAGACAUGCUGGCUCAAAGAUUCAGCGAAAAGACCAACCUUUUAUUAUCUCCACUUUAAUUACUUGGCGAAUUGUUCGUCUGAAUAGAAAAACAAUUAACCAUUAAGUUAUUAUGUUACCGGUAAUUUUCCACGGUAAAGAUAGAUUGGUGCCAUGUUUCUUUGACGUUCCUUUUAUGAGAAUGUUGCUUUCAUUGUUUCAUAGUACAGUAAAAACCCGCGACUAAGAACCCGUUAGGCUAAAAUUUGCCAGUUAGGCCCCCUCUAUGCAGGAACCUGUUUAGCCUAAAACUUAAAACAGGUUCUUGUAUUGUAAAAUCUAAAAAGAAAAGUUCUCAACGUUCAGUAUCCUCUUUGAAGACUGUAGGUGCCUUAUAUGUGGUAUACAGGUUUUACCUAAGGAAUGAGCUGACCACCACCAAAUACUAUUAGGUACAAGGUUGUUUUUUUCUUUUUCUUUUCAAAAAAUAAAUAAGAACCUGAAUAGCCUAAAUUUGUGCUAUAAACCAUAUAUUUAAGAACCUGUUUAGGCUAACUUGGGAAAAUGCAGGUUCUUAGUUGCGGGUUUUUACGGUAUUCAAAGACCUUUUCUAUCGCACUUUCAUGUGUUACAAUCCUUAAAAAUGUUAAAGGACAAAUUCUUUCCCAAUUUAAUCAAUAAAUCCUACCCAGUUAUGCGUUAUGUUUAAAUUUAUUGAGAAAACCGGCAUCAAGCAUAACUUAAAGUAGAUGAUAGUUUAAACUUAUUUUUUAGCCGCAUAAUUUGUUUAGCAUUGUGUUACGUUGGGGUCGCGGCUAACUGUGCACCAAUACGCACGUUCGUGAAUGAAAAAAUGUCCAAGAUAAAUAAGCAAAGGAAUAGUGGGUAAUUAACUAAGGGAUGAGUGAAAAACGGUGAAAAGGUUCACUAUGUAACUCUUUUUUGUCAGUCAUUUCUGGACGAGUUGGGCAUACCGUAUUUCCUCGAAUAAUAGCUAGGGGCGAUUAUUUCUUUUUUGGCGCAAAAAGGGGACGAUUAUUCGCGGGAAGGCGCAUAUUCGAGAGAGGCGAUCAUUUCAGUAUUGUUCACUGGAAGUCGUGCCCUACAUAUUUUGUUUUAUUUUCCCAUUAAAUCAAAAAAUAAUCACAUCAAUCAAACUGAACAUGCUUGGGCUUUUUAAGUGUUCCUUGGUUAAUUUUCACAGCUUGAAUCGUCACUGAUCAGUUUUGCUGGGUCACAUCGCACUUCAACUUUACAGGGAGGAGAUAAAGGAAGAGUAGAUGGCGAGAGGGGCGAUUAUUUUAAGUAUUUCCGUCAAUGGCGGGCGAUUAAUCGAGGGACGGCUAUUAUUCGAGGAAAUACGGUGAAAGCGUCCCAGUUUAGGGCGUCCCGUUUUUCUACGCACUUAACAGAAGACCUUACUGAAUGUCGUGAGACGUUAAAUGCGCCUGUCUUCUUUACCGUUUUUACACUAUCUACGUCCCUAGACUUUUACGGGAAACAAAAUCGUCCAUCAUGCGCAAACUAUAAAGGAGUUAGAACGGUCUUGUUAAGCGUAACUAACAACCACAAAGACAUCCUGAUUAGUAGUUGAAUAGCAAAACUAUUAGAAAAUGUCAUUUUGUAGUAAACAGCUAAAAAAGGCUCUUUAAGCCUCUAACCAAUUUUGUACCGGAUGAUUCAUAAUGUUUUGGUAGUAUUUAGUUAGACCAAGACAACGUGAAAGUUCACGAUGCUGUUUUGUUCUGCUUGGAAGAGAUGUACUGGAGUCUCUCUUUAAGGUCUCGUAUUGCCCGGAUGUUAAAAAUGAUCUCCAUUGAUAACUUCUCAAAACUGUCAAAAAUUCCUUUCAUCAGAAGAAAAAAAAAGAUUUUACCACUAUCUCAUUUACACAAGUUGUAUGAAGUGUGAUUUAAACUCCGCCAAGUCAUUUGCAAACGUAGGCUACACAGAGACAAACUGUAAUUAAGUAUUUUACAUAAGCUUUAUGAAAAAAGAGGUCUAAACCUCUUUUCACGUUUCUUACAUGUCCAUGGGCUAGGUUUAUGUUACACAUUGCAUUAUACCUGCAAAUAUUAUAACAAUAAAGCAAUGAGAG